CAAUAUCAUGCUUGUUUUCCUUGUGCUUGUAAUUUGGUAACGUUAACAUUUACAUAAAAUGUGUAUGUAUUGGACACUUUAACUCUUUGUAAAGUUCAGUUUAAUGUACUGUAGAACUAAAUAUUAAAAACAAACAAUGCAAGUGUCUGAAAUUGAUAAUGUAAAAAUUUAUAACCUCAGCGCGGGGAAAUCUUUACCGGACUGGUUAUCAGAAAGAAAAAAGAGGGCAAUACUUAAGAAAAAUGUUGAUCUCAGAAGAAGAAUUGAGCUUAUUCAAGAGUUUGAUAUGCCAGGCGUCAGCACAAGCAUUAGGGCAUCUGCAGACGGACAGUAUAUAAUGGCAACUGGCAUAUAUAAACCAAGAAUUAAAUGUUACGAUGUAAAUAAUUUAUCACUAAAAUUUGAGAGAUGCUUGGACUCUGAAGUUGUUACAUUUGAAAUACUAAGUGAAGAUUAUACAAAGAUUGUGUUUCUACAAUGUGACAGAUAUGUUGAGUUUCAUGUUGGACAUGGCAGGCACUAUCGGCUGAGAGUACCACAUUUUGGAAGAGAUAUAGCUUACCAUAAGCCUUCAUGUGAUCUCUUUGUUGUAGGAGCUUCCAAUGAAGUAUACAGGUUAAAUUUGGAAGUAGGACAAUUUAUGGCUCCGUAUGCAACUAAAGCAAAUGAAAUAAACACAUGUGCAGUGAAUGAGGAGCAUGGUUUACUUGUGAUAGGGACAGACAGUGGCCAGGUGGAGGCGUGGGACCCUAGAACAAAGUCAUGUCAAGGAUUGUUAGACUGUGCGUUACAUUGCUCUGAUGCUGCCAAUACUUUACCUGCGAUAACAAAAUUGAAAUUCAGUGGUGCUUUACAACUAGGUGUUGGGUCAUCUUCGGGACAUGUGCUACUGUACGACAUCAGGUCGAGCAAGCCACUGCUCGUAAAGGAUCACAUGAAUGAAAUACCCAUCAAGAAUAUUGAGUUCCACAAACAAAUGAACUAUGUUUACUCUAUGGAUUCGUUAGUUUUGAAAAUAUGGGACGCCAAUACUGGUAAACAAUACACAAAUAUAGAAGCCUCAGCAGAUUUUAAUGACCUCUGUAUAAUUCCGAAUACUGGCUUAUGUAUGAUGGCGGUAGAAGAUCCAAAAAUGCAGAUAUAUUAUGUACCAUCACUGGGACCAGCUCCGAAGUGGUGUUCAUUCUUAGACAAUUUGACAGAAGAACUAGAAAGUUCUGCAGUACAGACUGUGUACGAUGAUUACAAAUUCAUCACCAAGCAAGAGUUGGAGUCAUUGGGUUUGGAUCAUCUUUUGGGUACAAACUUACUGAGAGCAUACAUGCAUGGAUAUUUCGUGGAUGCACGACUGUAUAAGAGAGCUAAGACGAUAGCGGAUCCGUUUGCGUUCGAAGCAUACAAGAAACGUAAGAUACGAGAGAAGAUCGAGGAGGAGCGGCCCGCGCGCCUCACCGUGCACGACAGCCUGCCCGCCGUCAACAGGGACCUCGCCUCGCGCCUGCAGAACGUCACCAAAAAGAAUAAACAAUCAAACAAUUUACUUAAAGACGAUCGUUUUAAGGAACUGUUUGAGAAUCCCGAUUUUGAAGUUGAUAAGGAAGCUGAUGAAUACCGUUUACUGAACCCCGUCCUCUCCAGACUGGAUAGAAAGAAUACAAAGAAUGUGAAGCAAGUCAUGGAUGUAGAAGUUGAAACUGUGGAAGAAGAAAAAGACUCAGAUAUCGAAUUGUAUGAAUCGAGCGAAGAAAGUUCAGACGAUGAGAGAACUUGGGCUAAAGAUAUGAAGAAACAGCACAAACUUAUAAGAAAUAAAAAGCAGGAGGAAGAAAGGGACGAAGAAAGAAACGAAAAGGUCUAUGAAUUUAGUAAUGCCCCUAAGCUCACUAAUAUUAGGAGUAUCACUAGAGUUAGUAAGAGCAGUUUAGGAGAUCGACUAUCAAAGGAAGGUUUCACGACAAUGGUAACUGGGACAGGCGGAAAUAAAGAAAUGAAAUUCUCAAUGCGAGGUAAAAAGAAUGUAUCCGACAAUCAAAAAUCAAUGAAAAAACACUAUGAAGAAAGAAAACAACUCGUCAGAAGAACAGGAUUUUUAUCUAAAAAGAAACUCCCCAGAAAGUCCAGUGAUCUGCUGGACAGCCAUGUGCUGGACAACGAGAAGCUGCGCUGCGCGCCCGCCAUGGAGACCUCACGGCGGUCGAGUCUCGGCGCCAAUAGUGUUGAGAUUGGAGAAAUAACUGAAUCACCCGACACGGAAUACAUGAGUACAUCCGCUAUAUUACAUUACUGCAAAUCUAAGAUAUUAGUACCGUAUUUGAAGCUAUUAACAAUAAUGGGUCUGAGGCCCGUCGUAGACGCUUCCAACUCCUCCAAAUAUGCAAUAUGUUUUUCGCAUUAUCAUUCUGCACAAGUAGCAGUGUUGAUGUUUUUAGGGUAUAUUUUACAAUAUAUGGCUUGCUUCAGACGUGACAGAGGAUUUUGUUACAAAUUAGUGCCUCUAGCGAUGACGUCUUCUUUAGAAUACGAUACAUAUAAACAAAUAUGUUACGGAAAUGUUACUUUAACGUACAUCGGGCCAAGUAUUCUACAUUUCAUAGGUUUUCUGUACGCUCUAUAUUUGUUUAGAAUAUCAGAUAACGAACAGUUACAAAACCUUAUGGAAAGGGUAUUCCUUCUAUCCUCGUACGCGCCGCAAGGCAGCGCCACAGCGAACCCUAAGCGUUUGCUGCGUAUGUUGUGGUUCUUUAUAAUACUGAGUAUUAUCUGGAUGUGCAUCUCUCUGUGUUCAGUCAACUUGAUGCUGGCUAGAGGAACAAUCAUGUUUAGAUGGAUGGAAAAUAGUUCUAAUGAGAUGAGAUUGGCGUUGAAAGUGCUGUUGAUAAUCUGCACGUUGAUCCACGACAUGGUGCAGGCGACGGUGAUCACGAGCUACUGCCUGCAAGCGCAGCUGCUGCAGGCACACCUUCUGUUCCUGCGGGAGCGCCUGCUCAACAGGACCAUUACGCCGUUGAACUGGAUGAGGGAAAUAGCGGAAUUUCGUAAGUUGCUAAAAUAUCUAAACGACGAGUUAGCGCCUGCAGUGUGCCUGUUCACGAUAGUGAACGUGUCGUGGGCGGCGUCCGGCCUCAUGUGGCUGCUCGACCUCGACAAGGUGGACACGGAGACGGAACCCAUCGCCGGCAUCAGCAUCCUUAACCAGUCGCUCUGGUUGGCAGCUGUUAUAGCGCCAUUUGUGCAAGCGGCGCGCCUGUCGUACGAGUGUCGCCGCACGCAGUCCGUGGGCCACGAGCUGUGCGUGCGGCCGUUCCUGCACCAGGACACGCCGCACGAGGAGAUCAGCGCGGUGCUGCUGUACGCGGCCACGCUGCAGCUGCGCGCCAAGCUCUUCUGCCACCCAGUCGCCGGAAAGUACGUCUGUCUCGCUCUCACACUCGCGCUCGUCGCACUCUUCGCACUCGGCAUGUGUCACUAUUUACAAUGAUUCAAAGAUCAUUUAAUUCGAUUUAAAUUAUCUUGUAAUUAUAAUUAAUGGUAAAUAAAACUAUUUUUGAUUU